CCACGUGACCGCGCGCCGGCUGAGUCAGCCGGGUCGUCAUGCAGCGUCAGUCUGGAGUCGCACAAUUAUGAAAAAGCAACCUUCCGUUGGAGCUGCAGCCGAAGCGGAUCUCACCGACGUCCACUGGGCUUUCCUUCCACGGCUAACCGAGAGCACCGCCGAUAGAUGGAUACAAGCCACGACGCAGCUCUUCCUGAGUCUCAACGGUGACGAGAAUGUCCCAGAAACCCUGGAUAGAAAGCACUUUCACCAAGCGGGAAUGUGUGUACAUACUUCCAGUGUCAAAGGACCCCCACAGAUGCCUUCCAGGAUGCCAGAUUUGCCAACAGCUCGUCCGAUGCUGCUGUGGACGGCUGGUGCGGCAGCACGUCGGCUUCACGGCCAGCGUGCCCACCAAGUACUCGGACGUGAAGCUGGGUGACGGCUCCAACCUGUCCAUGCCCGAGCUGGAGGAGUGGUCGGUGGAGAAGCACACGGAGGCGAGCCCCAGCGAUGCCUACGGCGUCAUCAACUUCCAGGGCGGCUCUCACUCGUACCGAGCCAAGUAUGUGCGUUUGUCCCACGACUCGCGGCCGGAGAGCAUCCUGCGGCUGAUGCAGAAGGAGUGGCACAUGGAGCUUCCCAAGAUCCUCAUCUCGGUGCACGGAGGCGUUCAGAACUUUGAGCUCCACCCGCGGCUCAAGCAGGUGGUCGGCAAGGGCCUCAUCAAGGCCGCCGUCACCACCGGGGCCUGGAUCCUCACCGGAGGGGUCAACACAGGCGCGGCGAAGCACGUGGGAGACGCUCUCAAAGAACACUGUUCGAGAUCGUCAAAGAAAAUUUGCACUAUCGGGAUCGCCCCCUGGGGAGUCAUCGAGAACCGGAACGAUCUCAUCGGCAGAGACAUCGUGGCUCCGUACCAGACGCUGCUGAACCCGCUCAGCAAACUGAACGUGCUCAACAACCUGCAUUCCCAUUUCCUGCUGGUGGACGACGGGACGGUGGGCAAGUACGGCGCCGAGGUCCAACUGCGGCGGGACCUGGAGAAGCACAUCAACCUCGAGAGAAUAGACGCACGAAUCGGGCAGGGUGUCCACGUCGUGGCCCUGAUCUUUGAGGGGGGUCCCAACGUGAUCCUGACUGUGCUGGACUACCUCCAGGAGAGCCCCCCUGUCCCGGUGGUGGUGUGCGAGGGCACCGGCCGCGCCGCCGACAUUUUGGCCUACGUACACAAGCAGACCGAGGAGGGAGGCAGUCUUCCGGAUGGAGUGGAGAUUGACAUCAUCGCAACCAUCAAGAAGACCUUCAACUUCAGCCAGAGUGACGCCAUCCACCUCUUCCAGACUGUGAUGGAGUGCAUGAAAAGAAAAGAAUUGAUCACCGUGUUUCAGAUCGGCUCCGACGAGCACCAGGACAUCGACGUCGCCAUUCUGAGGGCUCUACUCCAAGGCACAAACGCCUCCGCCUUCGAUCAGCUGGUGCUGACUCUGGCCUGGGACCGGGUGGACAUCGCCAAGAACCACGUGUUUGUGUACGGACAGCAGCUCCUGGUGAGCUCUCUGGAGCAGGCGAUGCUGGACGCACUCUUGAUGGACAGGGUGGAUUUUGUCAAGUUGCUCAUAGAGAACGGCGUGAGCAUGCACCGGUUCCUGACCAUCAGUCGGCUGGAGGAGCUCUACAACACGAAACAACUUCCCAACAACCCGACUCUCCUCCACCUGGUUAGAGAUGUCAAACAGAGCCACCUGUCUCCGAACUACAAGAUCACUUUGAUUGACGUGGGUCUGGUGAUUGAGUUCCUGAUGGGCGGGACUUACAGGUGCAACUACACCAGGAAACGCUUCCGGAUCAUUUACAACAAUCUCCACGGCAACAAUAGGAGGUCGGGGCGCCACACUGCGGGUCCCGGUCUGAGGAAAAGUCACGAGGCUUUUAGCAUGCAGGCUGACAAAAAAGAGAAGACGAGGCACAACCACUUCAUCAAAACUGCACAGCCGUACAAGCCCACGCUGGAAUCCUCCAUCGAGCAGAACAAAAAGAGGAGCAAAGAGGAGAUCGUGGACAUCGACGACCCGGAGACGCGGCGGUUCCCCUACCCGUUCAACGAGCUGCUGGUGUGGGCCGUGCUGCUGAAGAGGCAGAAGAUGUCGCUCUUCUUCUGGCAGCACGGCGAGGAGAACAUGGCCAAGGCGCUGGUGGCCUGCAAGCUCUGCCGCUCCAUGGCCUACGAGGCCAAGAAGAGCGACGUGGUGGACGACACCUCGGAGGAGCUCAAGGAGUACUCCAAUGAGUUUGGGACGCUGGCGGUGGACCUGCUGGAGGAGUCCUUCAAGCAGGCCGAGACCAUGGCCAUGAAGCUGCUCACCUACGAGCUGAAGAACUGGAGCAACUCCACCUGCCUGAAGCUGGCCGUCUCCUCCCACCUGCGGCCCUUCGUGGCGCACACCUGUACCCAGUUCCUGCUGUCGGACAUGUGGAUGGGGCGGCUCAACAUGCGCAAGAACUCCUGGUACAAGGUGAUUCUGAGCAUCCUGGUGCCGCCGGCCAUCCUGCUGCUGGAGUACAAGUCCAAGGCCGAGAUGGCUCACAUCCCUCAGAGUCAGGACGACCACCAGAUGACCAUGGAGGACAGCGAGCACAACAUCCAGAACAUCACCGAGGAAAUCCAAAUGGAUGUGUUCAAGGAGGCCAGAUCCCACGACCAAGCGGAGACGACCAAGAAUGACAUGGACACACAAAUUCGCUCCAGAAAGCUUCCCUUGACCAGGAAGAUAUACGCCUUCUACCACGCGCCCAUCGUCAAGUUCUGGUGCAACACGCUCUUCUACCUGGGCUUCUUGAUGUUCUACUCGUAUGUCGUCCUGGUGAAAAUGCCCGAAAUUCCUUCUCCUCAAGAGUGGGUGGUCAUCCUCUACAUAUUCACCUCCGCCAUUGAGAAGAUUCGAGAGAUGUUUAUGUCUGAAGCGGGCAAAAUAAGCCAGAAGAUAAAAGUGUGGUUCAGCGACUAUUUCAACGUGUCGGACUUUCUGGCCAUUGUCACCUUCUUCAUCGGCUUCGGCUUGCGAUUGGCUGGCGGUGAAGCCUUCGUCCCCGGGAGGACGGUGUAUUGUCUCAACAUCAUCUUCUGGUACGUGCGACUCCUGGACAUACUGGCCGUCAACCAGCAGGCCGGACCGUACGUCAUGAUGAUCGCCAAAAUGGUGGCCAACAUGUUCUACAUAGUGGUAAUAAUGGCGAUAGUCCUGCUGAGCUACGGCGUGCCCAGGAAAGCCAUCCUGUACCCACACGAGGAGCCCAGCUGGACGCUGGCCAAAGACGUGGUCUUCCAGCCGUACUGGAUGAUGUACGGGGAAGUGUACGCCUAUGAAAUCGAUGUGUGUGCCAAUAACACAGAGACAUCAGUGAGGACCCUGUGUGCAGCCGGAGUGUGGCUGACUCCUCUCCUCCAAGCCGUCUACCUCUUCGUACAGUAUAUACUGAUGGUCAACCUCCUCAUCGCCUUCUUCAACAAUGUGUAUCUCCAAGUGAAGUCCAUUUCUAAUCUGGUGUGGAAGUACCAGCGCUACCACUUCAUCAUGACCUACCACGAGAAGCCUGUGCUCCCGCCCCCGUUCAUCCUCCUCUGCCACAUCUACUCCCUCUUCUGUACGUGCAGGAAGAGGAAGAAGGAGCACACCUACGGACCAAAGCUGUUUCUCACAGAGGAAGACCAAAAGAAGCUCCAUGACUUUGAGGAGCAAUGUGUCGAGACGUACUUUCACGAAAAGGACGAUCGGUUUCACUCCGGGAGUGACGAGCGCAUACGUCUGACGUCGGAAAGGGUUGAGACCAUGUGCUUGCAGCUGAAGGAGGUCGGCAACAAGGUCAACUUCAUAAAACGCUCUCUGCACACACUGGAUUCCCAGAUCGGCCACCUGCAAGACCUCUCGGCGCUCACCGUGGACACCCUGAAGACGCUCACCGCUCAGAAGGCGUCGGAGGCCAGCAAGGUCCACAAUCAGAUCACGCGGGAGCUCAGCCUCUCCAAGAACCUGGUGCCCAGCGUCGCCCACGCGGCGACGGACACGGGCCCCCACUCCAAAUCGUCCGCCGUCGGAAAACGCAGCGUGGGCGCCUACUUCGGCUCCUCGUUCCCCCAGGCGGGCGCCAACAUCGCCGAUUCUCUUUUCGGCGUCGGGGGAGGGGCCGGGGCGGAGAGCAGCCGGAGGGCAACCGGCCAUGGAGCGGCGGGGCUGGGCCUGGACCCCAACCUCAACCCGGCGUUGAGUCCGGAGAGGCGUGGCUUAUUUGGGCUCGGGCACCUCGCCGCGGAGGCCGGAUCCUCGGGCAGCGUCGGCUCCGGCGCCUUCGUCCAAAGCGCGGCGGCGGCGGCCGUGACCCCGCCGGAGCUGCGUCUCCGAGGCCGGUCGCUCACCCAGAGCAAGCUGAACCGUCCGCAAGAGCCGGCUCCUUUCGACUCGCCGUCCAGCCUGCCCAACGUGCCCUCCCCCGCGGCUCGCUUCCACAUCGGCAGCACGCCCUCCCAGCCCAGUGGCUCCAGCCACCCAGAACUCGCCCUCGCUCGGCUUUACCAGCAGCACUUCCAGCCCGACUGCACCGCUGUAGAGUUCGGGGCGUUUGUGGGGCACAAAGACAGUUUGGACCUCCAGCACUCGACACCCAAAGAAACCUCCAGCAGACAGCACAGCCCGGUCCCACAGACCAGAUUGCAGGCGCAGCCUGAAGGACAAGGUCAUAUCAGAGCAGUAAACUCCUACGCCGGCUUCACAGAAUUUGAUCGGCACCCGGCUUUCCUCCAUCCGGACUCCACUCUGAAGAAGAAGGACAGGAGCAGAGUGUCGGCUGAAGACAUCCUCAUUCACGAAGACCCCCGGGCUUCAGUAUUGGAACGGGUUCAGGUCAAAUCAGCCCAAGCCAGCAGCUUGCGAGCCCCAGGGGAAGAUGCACCGAGUGCGACAGCGGCAGUUUCUCUCUACGCGCCUCGCCACAGCCUCCUCGGAGCCAGAAAGGACUCUAUUGGCUCACCGUACAAGCCCAUAGAAAGCUACCAGUACUCCGCUGUCGAGCGCAACAACUUGAUGAGGCUGUCCCAGAGCAUCCCCUUCACCCCCGUGCCCCCUAGAGGAGAGCCGGUGACGGUGUACCGGCUGGAGGAGAGCUCCCCCAACACCAUCAACAACAGCAUGUCCUCCUGGGCCCAGCGGGGCCUCUGUGCUAAGAUCGAGUUUCUGAGCAAGGAGGAGAUGGGAGGGGGACUCCGACGGGCCCUCAAGGUGCUCUGCACCUGGUCGGAGUACGACAUCCUGAAACCGGGACACCUGUACAUCGUCAAGUCCUUCCUCCCCGAGGUGGUGCAGACCUGGCAGAGCAUCUACAAGGAGGACACGGUGCUGCACCUCUGCCUCAGGACUUUCCAGCGGUGGAAUCUCACGUGCAGAGCAAGAAGCACAGAGACUAGCGAAGGCCGCCCGCGGGGCUAGCUGCUGCUCCGCCGCGAGCUCCUGCUCCGCCGCCCGCAACGACGUCAACUACAACGCUGGAGGUCACCGGAGGAAAUCCAGCACCUUGCAACAAAGAGCUCAUCACCGAAGACCAACGCUGCAGUGCGUUCUUCAUUCUGUUCCACGAGACUCUGAACCAGACCACCGCGAGCAGACAGCUGGACUUCAUGUGCGUUAUUGGUGAAAUGACCACGUCCAGUCAGGAUCCUGUGGAGCUCAUGGGCCAUGACACGCCCAGGACCUACUUCAGCACCUCAAAGUAAGUCUAACAUAAAUAUAUGUAUUAACUAUCCUCUUGUAUAUGAGUAUGUGUUUCAUAUAGUUAAGCUUUACUCAUGUGUCAAGUUAAUAACAGCUAUGCAUAGGCGCACUACACAUUAAUUAGACUAAUUAAAAAUAGUUUUAGAAUGGUAGUAAGUAGAGUGGUGUUUACCUGUCAAUAUGUCUACAUAGUGUUCACUAGGCUCAAGAGAUGGCUCACGUUGCUUAAUUUGUAAAAAUAGUAUUCAUUCCUAUUUAUCCAGUCUGACAUUAAUCUGAAGUGGUGGUGUCAUAAGAGAUGUGGUGACUGUUGUUUGGCUAAUGUCUGCCUUUUUUCUUUCUUUUUUCCAGGAGAAUGGACCAAAUGUCAACUGGAAGUUUUUAUAUUAAUACAGUUUGAAAAGGAUUGUUUUCCUAGUAUAUUCACAAAAGCUCAGCAGUAGACAUGAACCUGUGCACAAACAUCCAUCACAUAGAGACAUGAGAACUCACACUCACUCACCCACACACACAUACAUUCUAUUAUGUAAAUGAAUUUGCAUUUUAAAAGCAGCUGGAAAUGUUAUUUGUUACUUUAUGGAUUUUUUUUGUUCAAAAGGAACUAUGUUGCAUGUAUUUUUAAAAUAUAUUUACUUAAUUUUAGAGACAUUUGUUCAUGGGACUUAAAUGUUCUGAAAAUGUAUUAAUAAAUAUAAUUUACAACAGCAAUGACAUUUGUGUUAUCCUUUUGCAUUACACCAUACUGUUAAUUUUGAACAGACAUCAGUGUGUUUACUUUGAAUUAAUUAAUUUAGAUUAAUGUAUAUUUCCAUCGUAAAUUAGGUCUUAAAUUUUAUUUAGACGUGGUCUUAAAAAGUCUUAAAAAGUCUUACAUUUCACUGGUUUAUUCCUGUAGACACCCUGUAGAGCUAUUUGGUCACAACAAGAGGCGUUACGCAUGGAGGCAAAAGAACACAGCAUUCCUAGAAAAACACUCGCUGCCCACAGUAACAUGUGGCGGGGGGUCCAUCAUGCUGUGGGGCUGUGUGGCUAGUGCAGGUACUGGGAAUCUAGUUAAAGUUGAGGGUCGCAUGGAUUCAACUCAGUACCAGCAAAUUCUUGACAAUAAUGUUCUAGAAUCUGUAACAAAGCUGAAGUUACGGCGGAGUUGUGUGUUCCAGCAGGACAACGACCCGAAACAUCGCUCCAAAUCCACUCAGGCAUUUAUGCAGAGGAACAACUACAAUGUUCUGGAACGGCCAUCCCAGUCGCCAGACUUGAAUAUAAUUGAAAAUCUAUGGGGUGACUUGAAGCGGGCACCCAUCAGACCUUACUGAACUGGAGAUGUAUUGUAAGGAAGAAUGGUCCAAAAUACCUUCAUCCAGAAUUCAGACACUCAUCAGAGGCUAUAAGAAGCGUCUAGAGGCUGUUAUUUUUGCAAAAGGAGGCUCUACUAAAUAUUAAUGUGAUUUUUCUGUUGGGGUGCCCACAUUUAUGCACCUGUCUAAUUCUCUUAUGAUGCAUAUGGCAUAUUUUCUGUUUAUCAAAUAAACCUUAUUUCACUGCUAAAAUAUCACUGUGUCCAUGAAGUAUUAUAUAUAUGACAAAGAAGUUCCCGAUCCAAAUGCCCAACAAUUUAUAGAUGAAAGUAAUGGAGAUUAUCAGGGGUGCCCAAACUUUUGCAUACGACUGUAUAAGCUCUUUUAAAAAAAAAUAGUUUCAUCUUUGAGUUGUAAUCUCGAAAUUGCAUAAAGGUUUUUUUUAGCUAUAAAGUUUAAGAACUGCCGUUUGAAACAUUAACCUGAAGAACUGGUGUCAAAAUUAUUUUCAAAAAUGUUUACUCUCCAAAAGAUUUGGAAAAGUCAUGGAAAUGUGUUAAAUUAAUGUUAAUUUACGCAGUUUGAUAAAAAGAACAAACAUUUAUAUAGAUAUUUAUACUUUUUUAAAUCAAACUAUUGUGUAAUUUAAGGUGUAUACACCGAGAGUCCACAAAAUAUUUGGUUAUGGAAAUUUGGUUUAAAGUUGUGGAAACCCAUUGGUCGACAUUGUAUGAACCCUGAUAAAGGUUUUAUUAGCUGUAAAGUUUAAGAACUGCCAUUUAAAACAUUAACCUGUCGGACGAUGCAGGGUUCGUACUGUCAUGGAAAACCUGGGAAAGUCAUUGAAAAAAAUAAAAUUCCAAAAGUUUUGGAAAAGUCAUGGAAAUUUCAUAGAUUAUGUUAAUGUACUGUAUGCUUUGGAAUUGUCGUUAGUUUAAAUAUGACAUUUUCUCACUUUUUCAUCGAUACACCCGAGAUUCACAAAAUGUUUGUUCAUUGAAAUUUGGUUUAAAGUCCUGGGAAGCCAUUUAACAUGUGCAUGAACCCUGACUGGUGUCUGUGACCAAAACAUUUGUGC